GAGAGCCAUGCAGAGGAGGAGCGUCUGAAAAGUGCUCUGAAGUUAAAGGAGGAGGCGGUGGAGCAGAUCAGAGACGAGAACCUAGUGAGCGUCCGGGACACGGCCCUGCAGCACAGCAGGGAGCAGGAAAUGGACAGGAGGGAGGUGGAGGAACUGAGAGCAAAAGUCACUGUGUUAGAGAGGAGGAGACAAGAACUGAUGGAGGAGCUGGAGAAGGCCCGAGCGGCAGGGAGGAAGACGAGGGUGGAGGAGCACGAUUUCAAGCUGAGAGCUCUUUCGGAAGAAAACCGUGAAAUGAAGGAGAGAUUCGAGGAGAUGAGGAGGAGCGCUGAGGAAAAACUGGAGGAGGCAAGAAGAGAAAUAGAGGACAGCAGGUUGGAGGUGGAGCAGCUCCGAGCCACGGCAUCCAUCUUGGAAGAGCAGAGGAUGCGGGAUAAGGAGGAGCUGAGGAGUCAGCUGAUGCUGAAAGAUGCUCCGGUGUUCACCCUGACUGAGAGAACAGAGGGGCUGCACAAGGAGGGCGAUCAAGUACACCUGCCUCUGGAGAGUACCGAAUCAGCCUACAUUGGCCACAGAGGAGGAGUGGACCGAGGAGAUCAGAGCGCAGAGGUGGAGUCCAACCCAGAUCAUGUGAGUCUCUCAGUGGACGAUUAAAGCCUGUCCAGGUUU